CUGUAAAAUAAGUAAAGUUUAAAGCUCCUUCUGAAUUAUUUAAUAUUUGUCUGAUUUCAAAGAGAAUUUUAACAAAUGAAAACCAUUCAUUUCAUGUGGGAAAUAUGAUUCUGUAUGCAUGUAGUGGCUCGAUGUUUAUUCAAUCUGUUAUAUAAGAUACCGUCUCGAAAGUGACUUUUGCAAUACCAAAAAUGACCGGAAUUGGUUUCCGUAUUAAAGAACCCCUGAGGACCUUUAACUACGUUAUCAGUUGGGCAAUGUCGCUUAUUUACUUUACACAUGAAUGGGAUGGAGCAGGACAUGGGAUUUAUAGCGUUGGGCUAGCAUUUAUUCGAUGAUAUUCGUUGUCAGUAUCCCCCUGGACCGCUGGAGUUCUACGCAGUAGACAAACACUUUAUGUGAACACUAGGAGUGCUUUCGAGAUCGCCGUUCUUCGUACGAGUACAAAUUCCUGUCGAUCCCGAAUGCCAAGUACGCAACCCGAGAACGGGUUCGAGGUGCAAGAACUCACACCACCUCUGUAGGGAACAUAUAGGAACAAAUGACUCUUUUCCCUGUAUCCUGUAUGAGGAAAACUCGCAAAUGCAAAACACGUGUUCAAAUUUUCAUUUACGGCUUUAUGGUUCUAACAAGUGUUCUGAUUAUAGUGAAAUUAAUUAGAGCAAUGGUAUCCAAGGACAACUAUAGUAUUGACAUGUUCCCUACAAGAGUUACAAAAUCUGCGUCUCCUAGCUGCGCUGGAAACGGAUCUUCGUUGUUUCUUUUCAUAUCCGUCCCUAGUUCAGUGGCGAAUUUUAGACAGAGGUCAGCGAUUCGAAAUGCGUGGGGAAGUGUAGCCACAGCAAACCCGUCUCUAAAAGUGGUUUUCUUUGUGGGGACGUCAGAGGAGAGAAAAUUGAAACAAAUUAUAGCAAAAGAAAAACAAAUUUUUCAGGACAUAGUUGAAAUAGAUGUAAAAGAAAAGUAUGAAAAUUUAGCAAAGAAGUCCAUUGGAAUUUUAAAGUGGAUUUACAUGAAUUGUAACAGUGCUAUGUAUUUUUUGAAAGUAGACGAUGAUAUUUUUUUAAAUAUAGGAAAAUUAGUAGAUGAUCUCAAACGUAUGGGUCCAAGGAAUUCUAUAAUAGGAUGUAAAGUGAUGAACACCUCACCAUUUAGAUUUCCGCUGUCAAAAUGGUACAUUUCGCGAAAACAAUACAGCGGUGAUACGUUUCCGGAUUAUAUCAGUGGGCCAGCAUACGUCAUCACGGGUGAUAUUUUUUCUAAACUGUAUUUUGCAACAAAAACUGUGCCAAAUAUAUUCUUGGAGGAUGUGUACAUUAAUGGACUGUGCAGGGAGCACAUUAAUGGCGUGGCUGUAGGACACCCUGGAUUUAGUUGUGGAUAUAGGGACCAAGGGCCCUGUGGAACAAAUUUUAGAUACAAAAUUACCGGACACCACUACUACCCUAAAGAAAUAGAACGAAUGUGGGACGAGUUAAAUGAUAAGUGGCACACAUGUCCAUUGUCACAAACGUACUGGUUUUCAAAAGUCGUGGAUGUUUUCAACAGUUUUCUUUGAUAAUGUUGUAGGUUAACUGCAGGUUUUUUCACAUUAUUAUACUGGGCAUGCUUUCCUCAUUAUACUUUGGUAAUUAAGUAAAGCUAUGAUUCCAUAUAGAAUUGAUAACUCGCUGAUGAUAGGACAUGCAUCUUGUAGAUGUGACAGUGUUCGAAAUAGGUUUGCUUUAUGAAAAAACCUUUGGACACUUUGUAACUUGUAUAUGAAAUUACUGCUUACAAACCAUAUUCUUGAGUGUACUAUUUUUCCAUUUUUAGUAUUAAAGAUAAUCAAUCUCAAUACAAGAAACAAUCAACUCACUGGCACCAAUGCAUUCUUGAUUACACCAACAGUCUUUAAUAGAAUCAUUCUUAGUCUAAAGGUCAAAGGUUUUUUUUCUACGUUUGUCAAUUCAUAUGCAGAUUUCCAUUGUAGUGUAGAAUCAAGUUGUUAAAGCUACAACACUCAAAAACCAGGGUUGGACAACAAAAAUAUAUACCGAAAAAUAUUCUUCUAAAGAACUACAGGGCAAGAUAUUAAUGCAAACAUUAAAGUUUAUUGAUCAUUAUAGGAUUGCUAAAUGGAAUAUAUAUAUAUAUAUAUAUAUAUAUCCGAAUUAUUUUUUUUAAAAAGAUCAGUGUCUGGUAUAAGAUAUUAAAAGAAACUAGAGCAAAGCUCGUUGCAAAGCAACGAGAGGUCUUCCGUCGGAGCUGUGUGACAUAAAAACCUUGAACUUGACCAUAUGUCCUUGGGUCAGGUCCUAAUGCAGCCUUAAUUAACAUGAAAAUCUGUUGUAAGUAUGAAAUCUAAAUGUUUCUUCAUUACAGCAUAUGGUCAGGACAGGGUUUGUAUUUUCAAAAAAGUGAACUUGAAAAUAUGAGCAUGGGUCAAGGCCAGGACACUUUCUUUGAUCAUAUGGAAACUUCUUUCAGUAUUAAUUAAAAUUUGCCAUUAGUUAGAUCUAUUAAGACUCUAAUCAAUUUUUAACUUUUAGACCUUUAGAAAUGGUGCAAAUGACCUUACAUCAAGAUUAUUUAUGUUAUUGUCAUUAAUAAUCUUUAUGUGAAGAUUGAGCUUACGGUGUAUUUUUAAAAGUUACGGUCUGGGCACAUUUGCACGGAUAGGCGGACUUGGUGAUAUCUUAAACUUUGUUUGCUGGAACUAUAAUUAGUGUUCGGUAAUAUUGCUAUCUAUUCUUCCGGCUCGAAGAGACAGUCUCUUUUGUUAGAUUGUCAGAUAUUAAUGGGAAGGUUUUAUGAAAAGUGGUGUUUUAUGAUGUGGAUAUCAUAAAAACAUUGCUUUUCACAAAAACCGCAUCUACUUGCACGCAUGAUUGUAUUUAGAUGAAAUGAAAUGAACCGACAAAUAAAUCCUUCUGUAUGCAGACAAUUAUAAGUUAAUAAAACUUAAAACUACUUCAUUUUAUUUAGUACGAUUUUUUCUGACAAUUAGAAACGUCACAUACCCUUACCGUAAACUUAUUGUGAGGAAAAUGACAACCCGAUAAAUAAUCAGGAAAAUUGUGUAGGUUUUUUUUAAAUGUAUGUAUAACUUGACACAAAUAUUAUGAGGUCCAUUGAUCACUAACUCGAAAUGUUUGCGGUAGCAUCUUUACAAUUACUUUAUAAUUGAAAUAAAACAUAAUAUAAUUGUUAAUUAAGUAUGAUAUAAUGUAAAAGGAUUCAAAAUGAUUUCAAACAUAAUUUUCCAGUAAUUGAUGUGUUUAUUUAUGCGAUGGACGAAAGCCGAGUUAGCUUCGAUGUUUUUGUUUUGAUUAUGCAAGCUUGUCACUCUGGCCACCUGCGAGCGAGGCGAGAGUUGGGUUACAUAACUGUAUAAACAACGCUGACCGUGAAGAAUGUAAACAGCUUGCAGUUAUUGACCAUGAUUUAUUUUACGUUUGAACGUUUUAUUUUUAUGUAUAUUACUUAUUUUAAUUCUAAUUUGAAACAAAUAAAAGAUAAUUUAUCUCUC